CAUCCAAUCAGGAGACGUGUAGCAUUUAGCAUUGCACAUGUGAAUGCUUUAUUGGCAGCAGUCGGAGGUGCUAGCGCUAGCUGACAGGUGAAGUUUCGCACAAACCACAAAGAUGUCGGAACAAGUACCGAAACAAUCUACGGAUGUCAAGGACAAAUCAAAUGACCAGAUCCUCGUCAAAGUGAGAGGACAAGACAAUUCCAUCAUACAGUUUAAAAUCAAGAAGGGAACGCCCUUCAGGAAACUGAUGUGCGCAUACUGCGAGAAGCAGGGAGUGCAACUGGACAUCAUGAGGUUUAGAUUUGAUGGCGUUGCGAUUGGACACAAUGACACCCCACGCUCGAUCGAUAUUGAGGAUGAUGACACAAUAGAAGCAUACAUGCCACAAACAGGCGGGCAGUGGUCGAGACACUGAAACACUCAAAUUCACCCUCUGGAUUAUCAUGGAACAGCAACCUCACAACCCUCCGGAAUAACAACACCCUCUUCCAAAAAAUGAAUAAUGGUUCCAGUAUUGUGCACAGUCUAACAUCACCAUGGUUCUCUAGUUCUCGGUUUUUUGUUUCCAAUACUCAAAACUCACAUUCACUACACAGGCGGGGAAUCCUAAUUUGGGAUAUUAAUGAUACAACAUUGGUCAUAAAAUGACUUCCUAGGGUCGGAAUGCUGGCAUCUGUGCUCGUUUCUAUUGACUUCUAUUGAAAGAGUCAUUAUUGAACCCAUGUAUCUUUAAAGCCAUCUUUGUUUGGUACCCUGUAUUCAGAGCAAUCACUCUAUUGGAUUCCUUCUUUUUUUUUAAGUGCCAGCCUAUUUUGAUUCAGAUGAAUUCAUUGUCUCCCCUCUCCUGCAUGUAGAAACUGUUGUAUCAACCUUGACGUUAAAGGUCCAUGGAUUUCAUAGUGGAAAAUUUGUGACCAAAAAAAAUCCAACUCUUGAUCCACCAUUUUUGUAUUGCCACCUUUUUUGAUAGUACAAAACACUUUGGUUGUAUAACUGCGUGAAAUUCCUAGCUUUUGAGCUUGGGCAAGUAUUGGGGUUUUUACUAGUCGGUUGAAACUUAAGCAAAGCUAAAAAAAAAUUCUGAUUUUUUUCCCCCCAAAUUCCUGUCAUUUGAUGCUUCUUUUUGCUCAAAAUAACACCCCGAAAAAGUAAGACUGGUGAACGUCUUUUCAUUAAAUGAUUGAUUCCUGUCACUGAGCGAGGGAAAAUGGUUGAUUUUUAAAAAAUUGUUUAAUUAUUCUGAAGUAAUAUGUUUGGUUUAUUCCCUCAGAAGUAUCAGUUGCUAAAAUAAUUUGAUGCCAAAUUGAGACACGAUAGGACUUGGGAUUUGGCAUAAUUUUGGAGAAAAAAAUCCAAAGGAUCAUUGGGUGUACAUGUGUAAAUAAGUAUCGUAUUGUGUUCCGUAAAUACAUACACUGCGCAUGAACAUAUCGUGCUUUGAAUGGAUGGUUGGUUAUAAUCGUGUAGAUCUGGACAAACUUAGAUUUUGCAUUAAAUAACUAUUUAUGAGCACUUCUCGUUUAAUCCGGUCAAGUAAAAAAAAAAUCUUAACCCUGCUUACAGGUGGAGAGUGGUUUUAAAUUGUGGUAAACUGGUUUUAAAUUGUGGUAAACUGGUUAUCACAUUUUAUUUGGGUUAGUGAAACACACGGCAGGCAGCAAAACCACGAUACAGCAAAACCGUUACUUGCUUGGAUUAUAGUUUGCCAAUACGAGAUCUGUUCUGCUGAACUCAGUUCAAGCAUUUGUCCCUUUUUGUCAGUUUCUUGUUUGUUCACCCGGUACAACCGCGGUGAUUUUUAAAAAUUAGUCAAGAUUUUGUCAUCUGCUUCAAAUUAACUAUAUCCACACAUGCAUAACCCAACAUAGCACAGUUAUUUACUCACGUGUAUAAAAAAAAAUUAAAAAAACACUGCAUGUUUUCAUGUUCAUGUAAUUUAACUUUUUUUGGUAGUUUUAAAUGUGUGUAAAUAUCGUAGGAAAUCAGCUUUGCUACUUGUACUUUGCUACUUGUACUAAGCGUUUGUCUUAAAGCUUUCUGUGUAGAUUAUUUGUCGGUUAUCAACUUGUCAAUAAGAUGUUGAAUGCCAUUUUCAGAAAACAAAAUUCUGGUUUAUUUAGGGUGGUCUAGAAAUUGGGAAAACGACAUAAUUCAGUUGAGAUGUUAAAUUGUAUCAUUACCAGCCUCAUCUUUUUUGUUUUGCCAGAUAAAAAUGUGCAGUCUUGCAUGCGUUUAUGUAUGAACUGAAGUGAAACUUGUUGGGAAGUAUAACAAUUCAGUUGGAGCAAGUAAUGUGGCACAUUUUUUGAGGAUAGGAAUUUGAGACACAGAGUAUGUCAUUUUUGCUUGAAACUUGGUUUGACAUUGAAUCUGCGAGCACUUUGUAAUUGAAGGUUGAAGAUCAACUCGUGUUGAAAGUCUGGGAGACUCAACUACUAUAAAAAAUACACUCAAAAAUAACAUUUUAAGCUUCUGGGCUUAGUGGUAUGUUGGUAAAAUCUACAAAUUGGUGGGUCAAAAAAUGAAUGCAUUUAUUGUGUCUUGACCUUCAGAAAAGAAACAUUCUGUUAAAUUAUGCUUGUUAUGAUAAGGUGUUGUAAUUUUCUCGUCAGUUUAUGAUAAGCAGAUUUUGCAGAAGGAAGCACAGAAUUAAUAUCCAUCCUUUGUUUAUGUCGUGUAAAUUAGCUUUCCCAAAACAUGUUUUUCCCCCCUCAAGAAAUGGCUGCGGAAUCAACAGAAAGGUGCCAAAAUAUAGGACACUUGUUUCCCUAAAUUGUAGUUGAGUUAGCAAUACCCGUAAUGUUAAACAGAUUGUAUGUUUUAGUAUUUGUUUUCUUUCUAUUUCAGUGAAAUCAAAUUUUGUUCUGUAUGUCAUUGUCAGUUUGUUUAAUAAACCAAGUCCAAAAAUAAAAGGAA